GCCGUUAUGGCCGCAGACGCAGAGUCCAUCGUGAGGUCACUGACCGACGAGGACAGCCAGCCAGGAGGUAUCGGCGACGUGUCCGGAGCCCAACAUCAAGGUUACGAGGCACCAAGACUUCAGGACACAGUGGCGGCGCUUCCGUCGGGCUUCGAAUUCACGGAGGCCGUGACCCACGAUGCGGUGAAAGCGCGGGCUGCCAGCGCCGAAGGAAGGCGCGACGCUGGCGCAUCGUCACAGACACUGUACCGGACACACGAGGGCGGCCCGCCCUCCCCGAACCCCAGCGGCGAACGGUACCACGCCUCGGCUACUGACCUCUACAGUGGCCUAGGAAAUUACGGUGGUUCGGGCGGUUUCGGCUUUCCAGAUGCCAUGAGUUACUACCACGACGGCUCGGGACCCAAGGCGUACAACACGCAACACGCGUACGCCUACGAGAAAGUUUAUCCGGAGCGCACCUACAGCACCAACCACGCCACGUCUUACGAAAAACACUACGACGACGACAACAACAAAGGCAGGCCGUGGGGCGGCGGCUACGAGUCGCGCUACAGUAGCAGUUAUCCCAUCAGAGGCGGCGACGGCGGCUACGGCUUCCGACACGGCGACAGCUACGGUUCGGGAAGAGGGAGCGGUGGGUACGGUCGGGCUACGCCAUCGGCUACGGACCGAAGGGAGGAGGCCACGGUUCGCGCUACGACUCCCGGCCGGCAGCCGCUUCGCCUUCGCGGAGCCGCGGAGGCGGUGGAGGAGCUGGCCCCAAGAUAAAACGCUACGUCUACAAGAACCCGCACGACCGGAGCACCACGCGCGUAGUGCAAAUGCACUCGAGCAGCAGACAUCCCAGCUGGGCUGCGUCGAGUGAAAACCGGCAGAUGUGGAAACCCGGCGGCAUGGAACAGUUCGUGUUAGGACUGAUGCGCGAUGGCUGAUGGCCUUCUUUGUCUGUUUCGUUUCACUUGUCUUGGCAACGCCUUACCACGAUUUUUUUUUUUCUUCCCGUGGAAUCCGACGGAUGUAAAUGCAAUCGGCCGAGAGGAGCUGCAGUCGAAUUCGGUUUAUUUGACAACGCUUUUAAUUCGACACUGUUAGAUAACACUCGCUAGAGGCAUUAACGUGAUUUCUCUCACACACACACACACACACACACACACACACACACACACACACACACACACACACACACGCACGCACGCACGCACGCACACACACACACACACACACACACACACACACACACACACACACACACACACACACACACACACACACACACACACACACACACACACACACACACACACACGUAAGAAAGCUCAUAAGAAAGCGUGUAGCGAAGACGGCGAAUAAUGAUGUGCACAACCUUCUGUGCAGACUGCGCACGCGCGUAUCGUAGUACACGCGCCUUAUCGGACCGAACAGUAUUUGUGGCUCGCACAAUUUGCACAGCUGUCCCAUUGAAAAUUAUUUAAAUUCUGUUCUGGGGUUUUAGGUGCCGAAACCACGAUGGGAUCCUACGGCACGUCGUAGUGAGGGACUCCGGAUUAAUUUUGUCCACCUCGGUUUAUUUAACGUGCGCACAAUGCACAGCACACGGACUUUAUUAUUAUUAUUAUUAUUUUUGCCAAAAUCGAAAUGCAGCCGCCGCGACUGGGUUUGAUCCCGUGCUCUCGGGCUUCGUAGCGCUACGCCAAAGCCACUGCGACGCCAUGACGGAUAUGCCCUGGCGUUUGCGCUCACACUAGCAGCAUAUACACUGCAGGCAAGAACAGCAUUAGAAAUCUCGCUUUCACAGCAACCGCUGGGAGAGCGUGGCUAAGACAACCCCAUAACAAUUAGGACAUGCAGUUCCGGGAAAUAAACUCAUUGCCACCUUCAAGCGCAUCUUGUAAUCUUAAUUUCAGAGAAUACGAACCGGUUUUGCAUGUUCAGCUGGAAACAGACUUAACGGAAGUAGACUGCGCGCCGGCAUGCAAGCUUUGUACGUGGAGCUUAAUUAGUCAUAAGAGCUCGUAAUUCACGGAUACCGAGGGUGCGCUUGUGAGUAAACGCUUACGCUGCGCUUCUGCUGGACGACUUAAAAUCCCUCCGAAACUCAGUUACGAUCAGGAUCAGGACACUGCUUCUAAUAUCCUUUGGAGAAAUUAUUUCUUCGUGUAACUGACCAUGGUGCAGAGACGUUUAGACUAAGCUAAACACUUCGACAGAAUUACCUACAUGUCUGCUAAUAAAAUUCACGACAAUUGGUUGAGUCAGUCUGAAAGUCCUUGAGACGUACGUAUAGUUAUUGUACACUGUUACGUAUAUAUACACGCUUAAUUUGAACCCAUAAGAGACACUUAAUUUAACAGGUGCAAGUUACAAAGAAAGAACUUAACGUUAGUGACCUGUGUCGUAGCUAUAGUGUGUACAUAAUCCAACUGCUAAUCAGACAUUGAAACUGAAAAAUG